GCGAGGGGCCGGACCGGCCGGGCCGGGAGUGCGGGUCCGUGCUGUGCGCGCUGCCGACGAGGCUCCCGCCGCCGAGUGACCCGCGCUCCGCCCCCGCAGCCGGGCCGGGACCCUGGUGGCUCAUGUCCGAAGAAAGCGACUCUUUGAGAACCAGCCCUUCUGCGGCCUCCCUCUCCGAGAAUGAGCUGCCCGCCCCGCCUGAGCUGCCCGAGCCACCGGGCUACGUGUGCUCGUUGUCUGAAGAACUGGUCGCCAAGGCCCGGGAGGAGCUCCAGGAGAAGCCUGAGUGGCGACUUCGGGAUGUGCAGGCCCUCCGGGACAUGGUGCGGAAGGAGUACCCAACCCUGAGCACAGCUCUCGAUGAUGCCUUCCUGCUACGCUUCCUCCGAGCCCGCAAGUUCGACUACGACCGGGCUCUGCAGCUCCUAGUCAACUAUCACAGCUGCCGGAGGAGUUGGCCCGAAGUCUUCAGUAACCUGAGGCCAUCAGCCCUGAAGGACGUCCUGGCUUCAGGGUUCCUCACCGUGCUGCCCCACACUGACCCCCGGGGCUGCCACGUCGUCUGCAUCCGCCCAGACAGGUGGAUCCCCAGCAACUAUCCCAUUACCGAAAACAUCCGCGCCAUAUACUUGACCUUAGAAAAACUCAUUCAGUCUGAAGAAACCCAGGUGAAUGGAAUUGUGAUUCUGGCUGACUACAAAGGAGUGAGCUUAUCAAAAGCAUCUCAUUUUGGCCCUUUUAUAGCCAAAAAGGUGAUUGGCAUCCUCCAGGAUGGUUUCCCCAUUCGGAUAAAGGCAGUUCACGUGGUGAAUGAGCCACGGAUAUUCAAAGGCAUCUUUGCCAUCAUCAAACCAUUUCUCAAGGAGAAAAUAGCAAACAGAUUCUUCCUCCAUGGGUCUGACCUGAAUUCUCUCCACACAAACCUCCCAAGAAGCAUUCUCCCCAGGGAAUAUGGGGGCACAGCUGGCGAGCUGGACACUGCCACCUGGAACGCAGUGCUGCUGGCCUCAGAGGAUGACUUUGUGAAAGAGUUCUGCCAGCCUGUCCCCACCUGCGACAGCAUCUUGGACCAUGCACUGCUGCCAGAAGGCCUAACCUCGGACGUGCAGUGUGAUGACUCCAUGCGAGCUGUGAAGUCCCAGCUGUACUCCUGCUACUAGCCAGUCCCCCAUGGGUGCCACUAUCUUUUCAUCCUUUCCUUUUCCCUUUGGAAACACCUAAGGUGAAUUUAAGGGGCCAAGGAUUCAGUCUCACUCCUUGUGAUUCAACAGUGGCAUUGAGGAGCAGCCUUUGGAGAGCUUUAACCAUGAGCCUCUCAUGGACUAAACGUCUGUUACUUGAAUUACUCCUUGUAAGGCAUGGGAAAUGGGCCCAAGAAUCUCCCAGUGUUUGGAAUCUUGGUUUGCAUCUCUUAAUCCACAGCUACAUUGUGUUUUCACGCAUGUCAGAAGCAAGACGUGUCAGGGCCCAUGUCACCCUGAGUCUGUUUUCCAGGAGGAAACAGCCCACCUGGACAGUUGGCAUUGUUCUUGCGAGACCAUCUGGUCAAACCCAGAGCUGGCCAGGGGUGAGCUUUGGCUUGAGGCAUUUGUGUCUUUCACAGGAGCCACUGUAAAUAUCUGCUCAUCAGGAAACAAGUUGGAGGCCUAGGCCCCAGUUGCCAUCAAUGAGCUUGAAAAGGACCUGCUCCUACUCCUGCAAGCUUCAGGACUGUCAGCACUCCCUGGUGACAUCCGGAAGCCACAGACCAAAGCACUGCAGGAAUCCACUGGCUGAAUCUUGUGAUAGAAACUUGGAUUUUCCUAAACCCAAAAAGCCUUAGCCCUGGGUCUUGGUAGACUCUUUCAGGGUCCUAAAAGUUUGAGAUUUUAAUUGCCUCUAAAAUACUAGGGCAGUAGAAUUCUGGCCUCAGAAACAGAGACCUGGGCUCCAGUGUGAACGGAGCUCAGAUUUCCCCCUGGGGCCUCAGCUUGCUCACGGGUAAAACAAGGCAGGAUUAAGGAUAUGGCUAGAGUUUUUCUGGUUACUGAGGUGCUGGAAUUUGGUUCCAUUUUGUACCUGGGAAGAUGACUGCUCAGAUACAAGUGGUUGGGUCCUAUUUUUCUGUGAGUCACGUGGCCCUUUCCAGGAGGGAUUGUCACCAUUUGGCCCUGCCUUUCCUUCCUGUUGUGAUGGUUAGACUUCAAGAAGGGUGACCUUGGUGAGGCCACCAGGAUCUUGUGUGGCCAUGUAUUAUAAACCUGUCUGCAGUGGCGACAGUGCUGGAGAUCCUUCCAUUUUGGUCCCUGGAAAUGAACAUAGGGCUGGGUCACUUCUUGGGCACCCAGCUUUCCCAGGCUCCCUGGAAGGACUAGUCAGCCAGCCUGAAUGUCGGCUCUGUGUUUCGGCACUUUAGACCCUCCCCAUCAGGAUGCCAGCCUUAGCCCUGGCAUCAGAUUAGGGGGUCCAUGUGAUGGCAUCCCACCUGAUUCCUUUCACAUUCGUUCCCUGUGGCCGUGGUGUGAAACAGCGACCAGUGCUACGUACUGUGUAUGUACCUUCCCCCGUGCAUCUGUCAGACUAAGUGCGUGAGGCACACAGCGGUUGAGAGCAGUGCUCUCAAGUGCAAGGCCAGGCUGCUGCUGCCAAGCUGUUCAUCUUUAGAGCACUUUUGAAAAUGUCUGGAGAAGCUGCUGGUGAAAAUUUGUCUAUUUACCUCACUAAUGCCAAUUCUAGGAAGUUCUUUCCAAAACCGCAAAUACCAAUCCUGGAUCCUCAGGGUCUUGGUUGAGCUGGAAAUGCCCAAGCCACACGGUUGCAGCUGCCUUUUUGCCGCUGACAAGGAUACAACUACUACGAGCUGUCAUGGCCUAACUAGGGCAAGAAUGGCUGAUGAGCGUCCAGAAUCCAACAACUUGGGCUGGAGAACUGGUUAGAACCUUUCUCAGAUUCCCAGAGGGAAGAGAGGGGGGAAAAAUGUUUUUUAGACUAAGAGAAUUGCUCACUCGGCUUCACCUGUUCCUGAGGUUUCAAUUCAAUAUUGCAUUUCAGGCCAUCGGCCUGGUCUGAGUGACAUACAGGAGUAGCCAUGCUUUGAGAGACAUCUCAAAGGCCAGGCAGAAUGUGGUCCUGUUCCUAGGCCUCUCCAGGUAAGGGCCCAAGAAACUGUGCUGUCAGCUUCAGGGAAGGAGUUGGGCGAGCUUUGUCUGCCUCGGAGCCCCUGCACUUGUGCUUUGCCCUCAAAGAGAGAACCUGGAGCUUUGGACCGCAAGAGGCUUGAACCAAGCUGCCAAGCGGACGUCCCUGGGUGCAUACGAAGGCGGCCUCUCAGACUUCCCAGGGUGUUUGUGUAGUUGCCCCAGCAGGGUAGGGGGGUACACAGGGAGCAAACCCACCACCAACAGGAAUGGAGGAGUUGGAAGGUUUUCUCACGGGGCAGAGUUCCGGCAGGCUCACAACACCCAGAAGUUAACUUUCCUCUCCAUUCGGUUGCAGCCUUACCUUGCUCUGGCUUUGAAUCGCUGGUAUCCCCUGAGCAUGUCUACACCAUGAACUCUGAACCCAUCUUGAUAUUCCACUGGCUUUACUGCCUCAGGAAUGCCCUAUUCUGUUUUUAGAGGUGACUCUGCCCCUCACCCCACCCCCAUUUGGAUUGUUAUUUAGGACAUUUAGAUCUGGAUGAAUUGACACUUAAAAGCUUUCAAAUCAAUCCAUAGAUUCUGGUGUACGGGAGUUGUCCUCUACCUCUUCCCCUGUGCCCCACAGAGAAUUUUGGAAAAUCAUGUCUCUUCCUGAAAACCACACCUGCAUUCAAGGGAAAAGCUGGGUGGAACCUACAGGAACCGCUAGACGUGCUCCCUCCUUCCCCUCCUCUCCAGGAGUUUCCCUGAGGUUUGGACCCCUCAGGCUUCCUUGCUGCUUUCAACCAGGGGGCGCUUGUCCGGGGCUCCUCAGCACUUCCAGUUCCUACACUGUCCCCACUCAGAGUCCCAGAGUCCUUUCCCCUGAAUUCCUGUGAGGCGUCAAACCUUCAGAUUUCUUCUGGACAGGCAGCUUCUCUAAGUGGCGUCGGAUCUUCAUACCAGUCACAGGCAUGUCUUGUCAUUGUGGGCAGCGGAAGCAGUAGCAAUGUCAUGGCUUUAUUCUAAUGCCUCACGUGAACGUUUUCCGCCCAGAGCGCUCGCAUGUCGGGAGGGAGAGGUGGCUGGGCUCAUGGCGUGCUGGUGGCCCUCCCGUGUCUGGGAGAGGCAUGGAGAUUCCCAAAGGAAACACACCAACCAUUAGGGAAACAUGCAAGUUCCUGAGAAUGCCUCUCAGAACUGAACCGUUCGUAAUACCAGUGGUAAUACUGAUGGCUUCCUGGCACUGCAGGUAGAAACCUGCUCCAAGUGAAAUACUUGAACUUUCUCUAUGGUUGAGAGCCUCUGGCGCGUCUCUCUCUCCCUCUGAUGGGGUCGUGGGGGGUGGGCGGCUUUCCUGACCAGCUAGGGAGCACUGUUGCUGCCUCUGGUCUCAUUCCUUGCUUCAAACUGAAAUUCAGUUUGGCUCUGAGCAUAAAGGGAACCAUGGCGACGCCUGCAUCUACUUCAGUGUUUGUUUUGACAAGAAGUUUUAUUUUUCUAGUGCAUUUUCUAAGUCAAAGUGGUAAAAAUAUGUACAUUUUAGUAUGCAUGACUGGGACUUCCACAAUUAAAAAAAAAAUCCCUAUAAGGUU